GACUCGGACGCACUUUUCUUUUCCUCCCCACGCUGCGAGAUCAUUCAUUGUCCGCCGCCAAACAAUGGAGGGGAGGCUGAUAUUUCUUCCAAAGUCGGACCACGCGAUUCGGUUUUGGAUUUUAAUGACUUGCGUUGUCAUUUUUCAACGCGCAAACAGCGAAAUAACCUGCAGGUCAUGUCGGCGUGGAAACGUGGGGCUUGCGCGGGAAUUGCUGGUGGAAUUCGCCACGCAGGAAACUCCUUCCGGAUUAAAAGGAGAAGUUUUCGGUGACGAGGAAGAGGCUGCAGGUGCGGGGAGUGGAAGGCUGCGUCGCGCGUCUUCGCCGCUGAAAAAAACAGGGAAUACGGACAAGCCGCACCCCGUCGACCAAGACUUUUUGUGCGACGGCUCUAAAAAACGUCCCAGACGGAGCGGAGACGACAAAGUCGGACAAAGUGGAGGCAGAGCCGAGAGGAGAGUCGGUCAGGACGAGCUCAAACUGAACAGCUCAACGUUCGCCUUGACCGGGGAUUCAUCUCACAACCAGGCGAUGGUGCAUUGGUCUGGGCAGAACAGUAGCGUGAUUUUAAUGCUGACCAAAUUACAUGACUUCAACCUCAACAGUGUCACUGAGAGCUCACUAUGGAGGUCAACUGACUACGGAGCAACAUACCAGAAACUGAAUGAUAAAGUUGGAGCAAAGACGAUACUCAGUUAUUUGUACGUGAGCCCAAACAACAAAAGAAAGAUCAUGCUGCUGACUGAUCCUGAAGUGGAGAGCAGUCUUCUUAUCAGUUCUGACGAAGGAGCCACAUACCAGAAGUACCGACUGAGCUUCUACAUCCUCAGCCUGCUCUUCCACCCCGAGCAAGAGGACUGGAUUCUGGCUUACAGCCAUGAGCAAAAGCUCUACAGCUCGGUGGAGUUCGGGAGGAGGUGGCAACUGGUGCAUGAAAGAGUGGCUCCCAAUCGUUUCUACUGGUCGAAAAUGGGUCUGGAUAAGGAGCCAGGCUUGAUUCACCUGGAAACCACCAUCUCGGAAGGACAGGCAAUGUAUGUCACUUGCAAGCUGCAGAACUGCACAGAUGCCAACAAGGUCAAACCAUUCCCUGGCUACAUCGACCCCAAUUCUCUGGUGGUUCAAGAUGAGUAUGUGUUUGUUCAGGUCUCCACUGCCGGGAAGCCAGUCUACUAUGUGUCUGCAAAAAGAGAUGUCUUUACUCCAAUGAAACUACCAAAGUACACUUUGCCCAAGGACCUGCAUGUGAUCAGCACGGACGAAAACCGGGUGGUUGCCGCUGUGCAGGAGUGGAACCAGAAUGAAACCUAUAAUUUGUACGUGUCAGACACCUCAGGAGUUUAUUACACUCUGGCACUGGAAAAUGUUGUCAGCAGCAUGGGCCCUGAAGGAAACAUGAUGGUUGAUUUAUACGAGGUGGCUGGAAUAAAGGGGAUGUUCUUAGCCAAUAGAAAGGCGCAUAAGCAAGUGAAGACGUACAUUACCUACAACCGGGGCAGAGACUGGAGGUUACUGCAGGCUCCCGACAAAGACCUGAGAGGCAACAACAUCCGCUGUAUUCUCCCAUAUUGUUCAUUACACCUUCAUCUUCACGUCUCUGCAAAUCCCUACACAUCUGGGAACAUCGCUAGUCGGGACUCGGCGCCAGGAAUCAUCCUGGCAUCCGGGUCCUUUGGUUCCGAGCUCACCAACCGCAAUAUCAGCGUUUACAUCACUUCGGAUGCAGGCAACACAUGGAGACAGAUCUUCAAGGAGGAAUACGCCGUGCUGUAUCUCGACCAGGGAGGAGCGUUAGUUGCAAUAAGACAUACUCCGCUUCCCAUUAGACACCUGUGGUUGAGCUUCGACGAAGGGCGGCAGUGGAGCAAGUACAGCUUCAUCAGUACCCCUCUCUUUGUGGACGGUGUGCUGGGAGAGCCCGGGGAAGAGACACUCAUCAUGACGAUCUUUGGCCACGUGAGUCAUCGCAGUGAGUGGCAGUUGGUGAAAAUAGACUUCAGGUCUAUCUUCAACAGGAGAUGCACAGAGGCGGAUUAUCAGACGUGGCACCUUCACAAUCAGGGGGAGCCUUGUCUGAUGGGAGUGAAAAGAAUAUAUCGGAAGCUGAAGCCCACAUCUCGCUGUGUGAUGGGAAAGCUGCGCUCGGUUUCAAUGGUGUCAGGACCGUGUGACUGCACGGAGGCUGACUUUGAAUGUGAUUAUGGUUAUGAGAGAAGGACAGAUGGAAAGUGUUCUCCUGCCUUUUGGUUCCAUCCAUCAGUGAUCUCCAGGAGAUGCGCCGCAGGAAUGACAUUCUUGAACAGCACUGGCUAUAGGAAGGUGGUAUCGAACAACUGUACAGCUGGAGUCAUCAUGGAAUACACAGCCAGAAGGCAGCAGUGCCCCAUGCAAGCACCCAAGGGACUCCACCUGGUCACCAGCGAGGGGACACUGACGGCUGCAGUGGGCGCCAAUGUCACAUUUCUUGUUUUUCUCGAGCAGGGAGACGGGGCACGGACUAGCAUUACGCUGGACUUCGGCGACGGUCACGCCGUGACUUACUCCAAUCUAAGCUCAAUUGAGGAUGGAAUCAAAUACGUCUACAAGACAGCUGGUAUUUUCCGGGUGACUGCUGUGGGGGAGAACAGCCUUGGCUCAGAUACUGCCAUACUCCACCUACACAUAUUAUGUCAGCUGGAGUACAUCCAUCUCUCGGCUCCCUUUGUGGCGGUACGGAAUAAAGAAGUGAACCUGACAGCAGUUCUGUGGCCCGGCCAAGUGGGAACAGUAACCUAUAUCUGGUGGAUUGGAAAUAACACAGAGCAGCCCAUAAUCACCCUGGAGGGAAGUGUGACAUACACAUUUUCCCAGGAAGGCAUCAGUACCGUCACUCUGCAGGUGUCUGUGGGGAAUACUAUCCUGCAGGACCGAAAGACUAUUUUCGUCCAUGAGUAUUUCCAAUCUCAUUUGUUGGCAUUCUCUUCAAACAUGGACGACCACAACCCUGAUGUUCCAGAAUGGAGGCUGGAUGUGAGCCGAGUCAUCAAGUAUUCUUUUAUCCAGGCCACAGGUGUGAGUGAGGACCAGGUCCUGGUCAGUGUCCUCCCAGGUCUGCCGACAACAGCAGAACUUUUCCUCUUGCUUGACAAAGAGUUCAUCCAAGGACGACCAGAGAAGAACGCAGCACAUUUGAGCCAAUUGUCUGAAGUCAUGCUGAGUGCCUUGAAUCAAAACCUGGUUAAGUUUACCCUGCGGCCUGGGGUCCAGGUCACGGUCUUUGCAGCGCACCUGUCAGCAGCACCCCUAGUGGACAGCAGUGAGAACCACAGUACCUCUGCCACGCUGAUGCUGCUAUCGCUCGUGGUUGUCGGUUUAGCCGUGUUUGUCAUCUACAAAUUCAAGAGGAAGAUCCCAGGCCUCAACGUCUAUGCGCAGAUGCAGAACGAAAAGGAACAAGAAAUGAUGAGUCCAGCUAAUCCAACAGAGGCCAUGGCCGGCCCGGAGCGGGACAUGGUUCAUUCUUUGGAGACUCUGGACACGGCAUUUAACUCACAGCCUGUUGAAGUUAAAUGGUCCGUUCCGGCAGUGCACGGAGACUAAACAAGAUGUAAGAAACCUCCCGCUCAUGUGAAAUUCUCUGCAGAACUCCCCACAUAUGUCGUGUAACCUUUGGACGAGACUGUUGCCUCACCGUUCAUGGUUUGAAUCAUUCUGGGACUUUAUGGUUUUUGAGCUUUACACCCGUGCAUGUUGGAUCUCACUGACAUACUAUAAGAAACACAACAUUGUUGUCUUUAAACAAUCAAUUUAUCAUAUAAAUUAUGGACGUUUUCUACUAUCUCAUUAUGAUUAUGGGAUUUUGUUUUUGCCAUCAAGACACUUUUUUUAAUAUGACAUGACAACAUAGCAGCAGUAUAUUCAUUCAAAUAGUGUUAUUUAAAUUGAAAGUAAA